UGAUUGAACACUCUAACGAGGUGAAACUGUAUUCCAUCUCUUCGUCUCGUCUCCCUCUUCUCUGUGCAACCUUGGACUCAAAAGUAAGAGCAAAGUCUUUGCUUUGGAUCUGAGACGGUUCCUUCAAUCAUUUUUCUUGAAGAAAAAGAAGAAAGAGAGAGAAAGAGACAGUGAGAGAGCGAGAUUUGGCGCUGUUCUUUAUCGUAGAGCAACAAACAAUGGAGCAGCUUCGGUCAGCCGUGGAGGAGCACAUGGACCAAAUGGCAGAUCUCGUCCAGAAACUCUCCGCAGAGUUACGUUCUGGUCUUAAACCUGCUUUGGACAAUUUCUUGGGUUUUUUCCACGCUAUCAACUGGAAGGAACCUUGGUUGGUGGGUUUAAUCGGCAGCCAUUUUGUGUUGCUGAUAGUGGCUAUUACUUCCAGGAAGAAUCUUAACUUCCAAAUGUUUUUGUUCCUUUUGGCAUUGGCUGGAGUAUAUCUUGCAGAGAGGCUCAAUAGUUUACUGGGUGAGAACUGGAAGAGCUUUUCCACUCAGAAUUAUUUUGAUCGAAAUGGAGUUUUUCUCUCAUCAGUCUGGUCUGGGCCUCUUCUCAUCAUUGCAAUCAUAAUUUUGAUAAACACACUCUUCUCCUUGUGUCGCCUGAUUGUUAGGUGGAAAAGAGCUGAGCUAAGACAUCGUGCAAGACUUUCUCAAAAUAAGCAGGAUUGAGCUCCUCCUAUGCUGGAUUGCCAGCCAAAAUGAAUUUGGGGUUUGCUGUUUUUGGCUUUUUAUUUCAGAUCUUUAUGUCUAGGUUUUGCUUUUGGUACCGUACAAGUUAGAUGCGAGUUGGGAUAAUUUCCCCCGUUUGAGUCAUGAAUGGUGUAAAUGACCAACUCAGCAAUGUGCUCAAGAUUCCUAUACCAUUAUUCUUUUUGUAACAUUACUUUUUGUACGAUAACUGCCCUCUUGUGAUCUCCUACA